CCUCAUCAGUGGCCGUAGUCAAGGAUCCCAACUACAAGCCAUGCUACGUUGCCGGGACCUCUGGGCUUCCAUCUUUAGACAACAUACCCUCUGUGGCUGACUUGACUGCUUCCUUUGCUGCUCGCAAAGAGGAGCGUAUUAAACAGGAAGCUGAGAAGAAAGACAUGGAGAGGAGGGGCAAGAUGAGUGAAGAUGAGCUGAAAUGGGAGGAUGCCGGCAAAGGCAAUGAUGCUCAAGGAGCUACUUGGGGAGGAGAGAAAUCAGAGGAGAAAGAGGAGGAGAAGGAAAAGGAGGUAGAACCAGACCUAUGGGGAGCCUCCAACGAACCUAAAAACACCACAGAUCCAUGGGGGGCAAAAACUGAUGAAGAUCAGUUUUCAGCACCAAAAACCAAUGAAGAUUCAUUUGAUGUGCCAAAGAAGGGAGAAGAUCCUUUUGUGGCUCCAAAAGAUGAACCAGAUCCAUUUAAUGCGUUGAAUGAUGACCCGUUCAACGCACCAAAAGAUAGUUCAGACCCCUUCAAUGCAAGCAAGGAUAAGGGAGAUCCAUUUACUGCUCCAAAAGAUACCCCAAAAGUAGAUCCCUUCAACAGUGCAAAGGUUGAUCCAUUUAACGCUCCGAAAGAUGAUCCAUUCAAUGCUCUAAAAGAUCAUUCAUUCAAUGCUCCGAAAGAGGAUCCAUUUAACGCUCCGAAAGAGGAUCCAUUCAAUGCUCCAAAAGAUAAUUCAUUCAAUGCUCCAAAGGAUCAUCCAUUCAGUGCUCCGAAAGAGGAUCCAUUCAAUGCUGCGAAAGAUGAUCCAUUCACUGCUCCAAAGGAUGAUCCAUUUAAUGCUCUGAAAGAUCAUCCAUUCAAUGCUCCGAAAGAGGAUCCAUUCACUGCUCCAAAGGAUGAUCCAUUUAAUGCUCUGAAAGAUGAUCCAUUCAAUGCUCCGAAAAAGGAUCCAUUCAAUGCUCCGAAAAAGGAUCCAUUCAAUGCUCCGAAAAAGGAUCCAUUCACUGCUCCAAAGGAUGAUCCUUUUAAUGCUCUGAAAAAUGAUCCAUUCAAUGCUCCGAAAGAUGAUCCAUUUAAUGCUCCGAAAGAUGAUCCAUUUAAUGCUCCGAAAGAUGAUCCAUUCAAUGCUCCAAAGGAUGAUCCCUUCACUGCACCAGCAUCAACACCCCCUAAAGAAGACCCAUUUUCUGCACCAGCAUCAUCUAAAGGUGACCCAUUUACUGCCUCCACGACAUCACCUAUAGAAGAUCCUUUCUCUUCCCCGUCCAAACCUUCAAAAGAGGAUCCAUUUGCUUCUCCAACAACACCACCCAAAGAGGAUCCUUUCUCUGCACCAUCCGAACCAGCCAAAGAGGACCCUUUCGGUGCACCAACGACACCCCCUAAAGAGGACUCAUUCAGAGUGCCAUCCACUCCACCAAAAGAUGAUGCCUCAGAUCCCUUCAAUGACCCUCCAUUGAGCUCGCCCAAAGAGAGUGCAGAUGCGUGGGGAGCCCCUGCUACCUCCCCACCCUCCAGCAAGGCUGAUCCAUGGGGGGCGCCAUCUGCUCCAAAGGAAACAAAAGGCGGAGAUCCCUGGGAUGACGGAACAAGCGCCUCCUCACCAAUUGAGGAUUCCUAUGCAUUUGGAGAUGCAUCCAAACUGGACGAUGACCCUUGGGGAGCCCCAGCUGCAGCUACAAUAAGCACAGAUGAUGCGUGGGGAUCACCCGCUCCCCCCAUGGACUCCUCCACACCUAGUGACCCCUUUGGAGACGGAGCUUCUAAAAAAAGCGAUCCUUGGGGUGCACCGAGCAACGCAUCUAACGGGACAGGAAAUCGAACAGCGCUGGAAGAGAACUCGUAUAAAAAGACUGCUUCGUUUCUGGGCUCUGCAGGGGCGUCGCUUGUUGACUUGGACGAUCUAUUUUCUUCUAACCCUAAACCCAACCAGAGCCCCUUCGUCAACACGCUCGUCACCCAAACACAAGUCAUCGGCGCUUUCAAAGCCAGGGGCAUGACAUCCGGCCCUGUGGUCAGAUCAGGGGCUGUUGCUGGACUGUCCCUUCCUGAAACAUCAACCCCAUACUGCAGUCCCUUCGGUCCCUCCUUUGCUCCGUCCUUUGUCGCACCUACUCCAAAUUUUGAAGCCGCUUAUCCUGCCAGGGAAACUCCCUUAUUUCGGCCACCAUCACAUACCAUGGGAGUGUCUCAUCCUGGCUUAAAUAUGCUUCAAAAAGCUCAGGUGGCUCCUCUGUGUUCAGGAACUGGAAUGGUAAAAUCACCUUCUGUCGGAGGGAGUCCACGCAUGGAGCUUAACAUGAACCCCCUCUUUAGAGGUGUGGUGCAGUCUGGACCUCUGGGGAAUCCAUUGGCAGACCCCCUCUUAUUGGGAACAGGAAUGGGUCAGUCCAGUGUCUUUGGAGGGAUUCGCCUAACAGGCAAUGCUAACAUGGGAGGAUCCACUCAAGGGGGGGGAGCCCCCUUCCAGCCACAGUUGCUCUCAGGCAGUGGAUCGGGUGAGACGGUGCACAAAAACAACAAUCCAUUCCUGUUCUGAAAAAUGUACCUCUUUCCUGUCAAGCACUGUAUUCAAUGAAGUUGAAUGCAUAUGUGUAGCAACCAUUUUCCAAAAUGUAGCUCAAGGAUUUUAAUUUGCUUUCCCGUGCAUGCAACAGGCUGCCAUGAGCUACAAUUUCCCUCCUGUGGGGAAUUUUCUAUCAGGAUUUUUGUCAUAACUUAAAUAUAGCAUUCCUUUCAGGGACGGGUGGAGUGAAAUAUCAGGCAGACUGGAAUUAGGGAAACAUUAUUAACCCUUUUGGUAUGCUUUUGGAAAAUGACCAGUAGUUAAAAGAAUACAACUCUAAAACAUGCAUACCACUUGUGUGACCCUUACAUUAACCCAACAGCUCCUCCUUUAAGGCCUCCACACACUGGGGGGUUUGACACAUUGACAAUAGCUGAAAUGUGAAAUACUAGCCUGCUAAUAUUGUACAGUACUUUCUAGGGCUUUUAUUAUGAAAGGUAAGAACAAAAGGACUGGAUCAGGUAUGCGCUACCAUGAUAGGAGAAAACAAGUUUACACUUUUGGUUCAGUCAACCGAGCUUAUGUGUUGCUGUUAUAGUUGUUAUUAAUAGGUGCAACUCAACAUGGACUGCCCAAUGUAGUUGGAUGUAUUUCUGGGUGCAAAAGCUCAGAAAUAUUGAGGGGUAAGGAUAGGUUGAGGGAUCAGAAAAAUAAUUACAUUGCUUUUUUAUUGGCCUUCUGUGUGAAAAUAGUUAUGACAAAAACCAAUAGUUUAAAACAACACUUAAACAAAAACGCCCCCAGUGUGUGAAUGCCGACUUGCCUACCCCUGCAAUCUACACAUGAUCAACUAAUGAUAGCCAUGACUUAAAUGUAAUGUAUAAAUAGGAACACACACAAAAUAUGGGUGAAACUGCAUACUUCCUUUCAUGUCAUUUAUUGGAACAGCCAGCCGUAGUCUUUUCCAUGCACUA